AGGCCUUCACACUAUAGCUUUUGUCUAUACUAGUCAGUGAAAAAACUGUCGGCAAACCUCUAAAUCACAUUUUAAUUUUACUGCUUUCUCGGUUUCUCUGCUUUUGCCGGGAAAGUGACGGAGUUGCUGGUGGUGGUGUUGGUGGUGGCGCCGCUUCUUUCCUUGACAAUUUAAUUAACACAAUGCAGUUACACCGCAGUCUCAGCCAAGUCAUGAAGUUGUUCCUUUUGUUGGUGUUCAAGUGUGUAGUGGUGUCCGCCAGCGUUAAACACCUUGUCACGGACCCACAUUGGAAACCCGCUACUGCCACCUGGUACGGCGAGCCCGAAGGCGACGGUAGUGACGGAGGGGCAUGUGGGUAUGGGUCAUUAGUGGACGUAAAGCCGUUGAGGGCCAGGGUGGGUGCGGUUAGCCCAAUACUUUUCAAGAACGGAGAGGGGUGUGGGGCAUGUUACAAAGUGAGGUGCUUGGACAAGAGCGUAUGCUCGAGAAGGGCCGUCACCAUUAUUGUAACGGACGAGUGCCCAGGUGGAUACUGCUCCAAUGGUCGCACCCACUUUGACCUCAGUGGUGCAGCCUUUGGUCGCAUGGCCGUUACCGGCGAGGGCUCCCAGCUCCGCAACCGAGGCGAGCUCCCAGUCAUCUACAGGAGGACGCCGUGUAAAUAUCCUGGAAAGAACAUAGCGUUCCAUGUGAACGAAGGUUCGACUGAUUACUGGCUGUCCAUUCUUGUGGAAUUUGAGGAUGGAGAAGGAGACGUGGGAUCGAUGCAUAUAAGAGAAGCAAGUUCCAACCAGUGGUUGCAGAUGAAUCAUCUAUGGGGAGCAAAUUGGUGUAUAAUUGGGGGACCCUUAAAGGGACCAUUCUCAGUGAAGAUAACUACACUUUCAACAGGAAGAGCUCUCUCUGCAAGGGAUGUUAUUCCAAGCAACUGGUCUCCCAAAGCAACUUACACAUCUCGCCUCAAUUUCAACUUCUAAUACUUACUCACCUCUUUAAGUUUAACUAAGACUAGUGCAAUGAGCCCUUUUUAUUUCACCCCAGUAGUAGCCUUUCUCUGUUGGGUUUUUCUUUUUUACUUUUUUUUUUUUAAAAGAAAAGUAGCCAUUGGACAGCAUCCAAUGCUCUUUCUUUUUUUACCUAUUUCUGUUUUUUGUCUAACUUCAUUUGGUGCUAUUAUUAGUGUGCAAGUGUGUGUACUAGAUGUUGUAGCCCUCUCCAAAGGGAGAGAGAGCGUAUAAGAAAUAGUAUAUGUUAUGUAAUGUAAGAUUGUGGACCCUGUUUUGUUUCUAAUGAAUUUAUAGUUUUAGCAUUAAAUUGAA